CAGAUAUAAACAAACAGCUGUGCAGACCAACAAUUGAAUUGGUGCAAAAGAAAUUAAGUAAGUUGUGCAUAAGUUUCAUUAUAAAUUGUUAAAAUAUUGCUGCGAAAUGACUUCGCCAUUGGAAAAUUUGGAAACGCAACUGGAAAUGUUUAUCGAGAACGUGCGGCAAAUACGCAUAAUUGUGAGCGAUUUUCAGCCGCAGGGUCAAAACGUACUGAAUCAGAAAAUCAACAGCUUGGUCACCGGCCUGCAGGAAAUUGACAAAUUGCGGCCACAGGUGCAGGAUGUAUAUGUGCCCUUUGAGGUCUUCUUUGACUACAUUGACCAGGACAAAAAUCCACAGCUGUAUACAAAGGACUGUGUGGAAAAGGCGCUGGCCAAGAAUGAGGAGGUUAAGGGCAAAAUCGAAAGCUUGAAAAAGUUCAAAGCGAAUCUGCUGCUGGAAUUGUACAAGACAUUUCCCACCGAGAUGAACAACUAUCGAGCCUACAGAAAAGACUCCAUCUAAGAACUGCAAAUUUUAGUUUUGUAAGCCUUAAAGUACGAUACACAUAAAAAAUAAAAACUAAAAAAUAAUAAA